AUGGAGGAAGGCGACGGCGCUGGUCAGGAGGGACCCAUCGAGCAGCAGCUGGAGCUGCAAUUGGAUGAGCAGAGGGAGACGCUGAUUGCCCUCGACGAAGCCCUCGCCUCUGAUCCAUCCAACGCGGAGCUCCUCUCUGUACGGCCGCCUCCCGAUCUAUCCUCGUACUGCUGUAGGCAAUCGGAAGUCCGUGUUUCUUCGCUGAUUUGCAUAUGUUUAUAUUUGUGGAGUAAUCUGGAAAAUCAUCUGAAAAAUGAUCCCGGGCAUUUAGUCCCUCGGUUUUAAGGACUAGAAUCUUCGAACCCUCGGUUUUUGCUCGGGAGAACUUCAAAGCCAAUAGCUACUGCUAUAUAUCUCUGUGAUCAUUGCAUUUGCUCAUUUCGGUGUUUUCUUCUGUCCGGCAAUUAGUUUUUUGUUUUUUUUUCUCCUCCUCAGCAAGCCAACGCUGUUUAUUUAUUUCUCUUGAUAGUAUCAUCAAGAUUUGUUUCCCAGAAGCAUCUGUAAUACUUGUUUUUUUUUUAGGUUCGCGAGGAGCUCAUUGCGUCAAUCAGGGAUGCGGAGGACGGACUUCUUCACUUGAAACGCUCACGUCUUUUGAGGGUGGUCGAUGAGAUUGCAUUCGCUCAGGGAUCUGAAUCUUUAUUUGAAGAUCCCAAAAGUGAUCCUCUGGAUCCAACUGAGGAUGUAACACGGUCUCGAGAAUCAGAAUUUUUUUCUGUUGGAUCCAAAUGUAGGUUCCGCUACUCCGAUGGUCGUUGGUAUAAUGGUUACCUCGUGGGAUUAGAAGGCCCGAGUUCGGCGAGGAUUUCAUUCCUAAAUCCAACAUCGGAGAAAAUGCUGGUGCGUUCAUUUUUCUGCCGUUCCUCAUUUCUUAAUUGAGAUUGAGCGUUAACACGAUAAUUCUUUCCACGUUGAUGGGUUAUUUUUUUACAUUGACUUUUAUGUUUCACUAGAAGACUUUGUAGUCUAGGUGGCACUAUUGUGGACAACUGAUCAGGUAUCCUAGCCAACGAGGCAUAAUUGACUUAAUGAGAAGAGGGGGAGAACCGAGUAAUAUAUUAAUCCGAUUAAGAAAAGAAAGUGGCAAGCAACCGCAAUACACAUAUUAUAUGCUUGCAAGAAACCCCUGUUUUUGUUUUUUUUUAGGCAAUAUUUUUAUUGUGAUCAGUCUAAUCUCAUCAAGAAAACGUGCAGCUCUUCUUUAAACGUUCCCUAUUCAGCAAAUAGGAUUUUUAUCACGUAUUUGGUACGUCUUAGGCAUCUGAUUUGGCGGCAUAUUUUACUAGUUUGUCUGUUUGAGGACAUCCCCUUAUAAGAUUAUUGCUCAACCAUGGACGUUCAAUCUGAUCGUUAGAUAAUGUAGCAUUGAUCGCUUUUAGAUACUGUCUUUUUAUAAUUCUUGCCAUUUUAUGAUUAUUGUCAUUCUACCACGUAGAAGGUGGCUUUCCUGGGCUCUAGUUUGUUGUUUCUAUCUGAACGCUUCGCUGGAAGAUUGCUGAAUGAUUUACCACAGAGCACUGUUAGCGUUCUUUUUUUUUAUUUUUUUUUAUUUUACCGUACCUCUUCAUUAAGCAAAACUCGGCUGCGAUUUCAACGAACUGACAUUUUUCUUAUGAAAAAUGGUUCAAUGUCCAUUCACUCGGGCAUUUCUCUAUUGUCGGUCUUCUCCAUGCCCUGACAUGAUAUUAAUGCUUUUUAUUUUGUACUAUCAGCGAGGAUCACCUGUUAGCCUCAGUGUUUCAUGAUAGAGAUGCCCACUCCCUUUUUACUGCAUUAUUUUGUUGAGUCAGGGUGGCAUCCGAUUGGCAGCAGAGUUUCUCUCGUCAUUUUAUUUGUUGGUUUUUUUUUUUUUUCUUUUUUUGUCUUCCUUAAUCUUCGGGUUUCCUGACACCCAUCUCUUUCUUGAUGGAACCUUAAACCUAUGUUUUGAUUAAAAUGAGCACUAAUACAGGUUCACCCAAUUGCAGAUGUGCAAGUUCUUUCUUCAGCAGCGGUGCCAUUUUGGUAGUAACUGCCGCAUGUCACAUGGUAUGUUGUUCGCCACCGUGUCGCACAGUGAUGUCUGGGACGGUGUUUUCAUAUGUUCCUCUGUCAGUAGCUGCUCGUUGUAGAUCCUUCACCCCUAUAGCAUAGUUACUUCUCUCUCUUCUUCCAUACUCGUUUCAAGCUCUCAGGGGUCUUUUCUGGGUGUUCUUUUGUCGUCGGAGCUUCAACUGCCCUGCCCACUUUGCACUCUUCUUAGACCUCUCAUGUGAUUCACUUAUGGCACAAUUUAUCUUGACUUGGGGAUUUGAGCAUCUGGAAAUAUGCAUGGUAGAAAAACUUAGACAUCCAUUGCAAGAUAUUUUUGUUCAUUUCCUUGAUCAGAUGUAAACAAUUCCAGAUUGAGGUGGUUAAGCUGAUGAUGUGGAUGGUGGAUUUUAUGUCCCAGAAAUGGAAGUAUUUUUAGUUGGUGCAGAUUUUAUUAUGACAAUCUAUUACUUUUAAGUUAUUAUUUUUGGCAUAAUGUUCAGUUCCUAUUAUUUUAUUAUCAAUAAUAUAAGAAGGGGGAUCCCCUUAUCCAUCGAAGGAAAAUGAAUGAAAUUCUUGCCAGGACAGCACAUAAAAUAAAUUACUAAAUUAAUCAUAUUUUGCUACUACUUUUCUGGGUGGAAUUGUUGUGUUUUCCUAUUCAGGUUUCAAUCAUGACGGUCACCAUCUUCUAACAAGGUUCGAUUCUGCAGGACUCGAGGUGCCCAUUUCUUCUCUGAAACACCACAGACCCACAGCAUGGCAGCAGUCAUUAGUCGGCUCCAGCAUAUGGGCGGCCUCUGGUGGCCGCUCUGCUAUCUGGAAGGAAGCUGAGCUCGAGUCAUGGGAUGACAAGCUGAGGCUGGCCCACGUCGUGUUCCGAGACGGAAGCUCCGAUAAGCUCGGCGUCGAGUCGCUAUCAUUAUCUCCAUAUGCUCAGAUGACAGACGAAGACGAGGAUGAAUCGAGCUCAGAAGCCUCGAGUUCCAGCGAAGAGGAUGAGGAUUCUGAGGGUGGAACUGUUCAUCGGGGUGUAGGGUUUUUGGCAGCCUCAAACAUGCAGAGAGGAGUCCAGACUGAGACGGCCAUUUUUGCCAAGUGGGAGCAUCACACCCGCGGCAUAGCCUCGAAGAUGAUGGUGAGCAUGGGCUACAGGGAAGGGAUGGGACUAGGGGUAUCGGGCCAGGGUAUGGUUGACCCGAUCCCUGUGAGAGUUCUUCCUCCGAAGCAGUCCCUUGACCAUGCCAUGAAGUCAAAGCUGGUGGAGGAAUCCGGAGGGACCCGGAGCAAGAAGCGGAGCAGGGGCGGGAAGAGGGAGCGGGAGAAGAAGCAGGCGGCCAUUGCUCGCGCGAAUAAUGACAAGGAGCAGCCAGAGUCCGAUGUCUUCAGCUUCAUCAACGAGCAACUUGCCGGGUCAAGCGCCACCAAUGGGUCGGCUAAUAAGCAGAGGCCGAGCCCCGUGGAGGAGACAGGAUCUGGAAAGAGAGAAGACAGGCGAUCCCUGGUGGCGCACAACGAGAAAGUGAAGGAGCUGAGAAGCCGGGUCGAGAGGCUGGAAGAGAUGAUCAGCCGGAAUCGCAGGGACAAAGGGGUCUUCGAAGCAGCGUCGCGCAAGCUCGACGAGACCCGGAGAGCUCUGGUGGACGCCGAGGCCGCCCACGCAUCGGCUUCUAAUGCAAUCGUCAGCAAGGAGAAGGAGAAGAGGUGGCUCAGGUUCUGA